CGGGUCCCUCAGUCUGUAUCGUGAAGACCGUGCAGUGUGUUGGAUACCUCACCUGAACAGGAAUAAGACAUGGGGUUACAAACAACGAUAUGCGUGUUAGCUUUGGUGGUGGGGGUAGCUCUAGCCCAGAGAAGACCUCCCAACUAUUCCCUAGAUGAGAUGCCAGACAUCCAGACUUCCUUUUCCUGCUACGACAAGAUCGUCGGAGGAUACUACUCAGACCCGGAGACAGACUGUCAGAUGUUCCACGUUUGUGUGCGUGUUGCUGGUGUGGGGGUACAAGACUUCAGGUUCCUGUGUCCCAAUGACACAGCCUUUGACCAAGAGAACCAGAUCUGUGAUGACUGGUACAACAUUGAUUGUGAGGCAUCCACUCUGUUCUACAGCGACAACUUUGACCUCUUCCGUCUGAGUCAGGACAACAACUUCAACCCAGUGAAGGCCACACCCAUCCCUCUGGGUCCUAGCAGUGCCCCACGUAUUGCCCCGCAUCCUCCCAAGCCCCACCGCCCUCAUGCCCCCAUCAACAAUGCCGUCGGGGAGUCUGAUGACGAUCUGUACUUGCAGCGAGCUGAUGCUGGUGACAAACGAGUCUCUCAGGAUCUUCUCAGGGGAAGCAGCUCAAGCAACUUCUUCAGCAAUAGAAACAAGGGCAAGGAAGAUCCUGACGAUGACUAUGUUGCUCCAUCAGUCAAAGAACAAGAGCUGAUCAAGAACAAGAAGAAGAACAAAAACCAAGUGAGAAAGUUACUGACAGGAAAGAGGCCGGUGACCCAAGCCCCAACUGAAGCUCCUACCACAACCACAACAGUUUUCUACAACCGUUACAACACUGUACAGAGAAACCGACCAACCACCACCACAGAGAACUACCCCACCACUGCCCCACCCAAUAACAACAACUACAACAACCAGAGAUUCAACAACAAUAACCAGCAACAGCCAACUCCUCAGGACUUCCAGAGAUUCAGAGGAAACCAGAACUUUGCCUUCAACAAGAAACCGGUUGUCUCCACAAACGCUGCACCGGAGGUAACAACAACAGCUGCCCCUGCGUUUAACAACUACAACCAAAACAACAACUUCAGAGGAACCAACUACUACCAGCAAUCAACAGCAGCACCAGCUUACAACCAAAACUUCUACUCAACCAAAACUCAAUCCUCUACUGCUGCUCCUACAAACUACAAAACCAACUACAACUACCAGACAUCAACAACUGCUGCUCCUACAAACUACAAGACAAACUACUACCAGACACCGACGACUGUCGCUCCCCAGUUCAACUACAACCAACAGACUUCGACUCCUGCCUCAACUGUCUAUAACGCUUACCAGAAUAGAGCAAGCCAACAACCCUCAACAGGCUUCAACAACUAUCAGAACAACAACUACCAACCCCAAAACACAAACAACUUCCAAGCAGCAUACAACUCUCCUAGUACUGUUAAUGCUAACUCUAACUACGACGCUACCACGCUGAAACAGAACUACUACCAGAAGCAGACCACAGCCAACUACGACAACUACUACAAGACUUCAACCAACACUCCGGUUGUGGCUUACUCCACUACAUUUGCCCCUGACACACAGAAAUACUACGACAGCUCUGCAAACGUCUACCAGCAAACUAAGAACCAGUUCAACUACAACGUGAAUGCCGCUGGACCUUCCACUGCAAACUACAACCCUUACAACUCCUACAAGGGUAACGACAACUACGACGAGCCUAGCCAAGGAGAAUCUCUGAAGACUGCUCCCAGCUCCAACAUCAGACCCAGCGACCUCAACGCCAUCGCCAAGAGCUACCAGAAGCCUGCCGGAGGCUUCAACGCAACACUCUCGGCCGGAUACAACUUUGCCAACCCUCAAACCACACAGAAACCAACAUCCAAGUUUUACAGCUCUCCCAAACAGUUCCAAACGACAAAAUCGCAGACGACAGUCAAACCUUUCCAACAGAAUCCAACCACGUACCAACCUGCUAGCCGAGGCAACGCUUACUACGCCCAGUCUACCACUGCUGCUUCUCCUCAACCCAGGCCGUUCAGCAAGGCUCCGGAAGGCACUGUCGCUCCCAAACCUACAGUGACCAAAGAGAAGGACGCCUCUUACGACUACGCUUACUACGACGAAGGCACGGGAUCUGAGUACGAUGGAAUCGACACUAUUGGAGAAGAAUUUAGCAGGACAACUUCACAUAAAGGCAGCAGAACUACCCCUCAGUAAAUUAUAGAAUUGCAGCAUCUGCCUCUUGAUUAUGCUCUUGCAAGCAAAGGAUUAAAAGUGAAUCCUAAUCUACCAAAUGUAUAGUGCCUAUAUUUAUUGUAAAUUCUAUGUAUAUAUACAAUAAAUCAAAACUAAAUCAAAUAUGGUACUAUAAAAGGUGGUUAUCUAGGCUCAAUACAUUUUAACCUAUCUCAGUAGUUAAACUACUACAAUCAAAAAAUUUCAAUUCUGUCUCAUAUCUUAGUAAUGUUUAACUGGUUACUUUGAAAUUGGUACAGAAUUGACACAAUUGUAGUAUUUGUAUAUAAUUGAAAUGUAUUUUUAUUUUAAUGCAUUAACAUAGUCUAUCACUCAUCGAAAUCAUAGAAUCAUUUUAAAAUCUACAAAUACUAACAACCGUUAUGGUGUAUUAGCUACAAGCUACACAUACUUUAAAACGCAUUUCAUUCUCAUUAAACAUUGAUAUGAAUAUUUCAUUCAAAAUAUUUUGUGGACAAGGCCAGUUACAGUUACUAAAGCAUAACUUAAGUUAUUUGAUAAGAAAAAUGCCAAAAUAUUCUAUUGGAAAUUGUAAAAUCCACUUGCAUUAAGUACUGAAUUUAUUAAUCGUGUAAUUUGGAAAUGAUGAGCGCUCAGUUUAUUGUGAUCUAUGUGUUUUGAAAUGGGGAAAGUAUUACCAUUAUAUAGUGUGAGUAAUUUUACAACAAAUUUAGCUUAUCGAAUUAUAUUCAGUGUUGUCAAAUAAACUGCUCUACUUACUUGGCACCCGCCAUGACACUGUGGACUCCUAUGUAAUCUAUCGAUAUGUAUAUAAAUUAUGUGCAAUAAGCAAUGACAUAGUGAUAAGAAUCUAGUUUUGUAAUUUUGUACUGAUUAAAGGUACAUUUUGUUAAA